AAAAAAAUCAAAAUAAGCUUGCUUCUAGUUUGUAUAUCAAAUUCAUCAAACAAAUAAUGCCCAUUGAAUUAACUGUGAAACUAAUACCGUUGAAUUACAUCAAUAGCUGACAAAAAAGUUAUUUAAAGAGUCCGCAGAAACUGAAAACAUCCAUGACAGUGGUAUUGGAAAGAGCCAAUAAUGUUAGAAUCCCCUUAAACAAACUAAGGAAAUCACUAAACAUAGUGUUAAAACGCAAAAAUUUGGUGAAAGAACAAAGAGUAGCCAAAGUUUACUUAACUAAAAUGGAUCUAGAAAGUGCAGGGACCAGUAAUGGUGUGCCUCCAAAGAAGAAAUUUAAAUAUAGUAUUGGAAAAGAUAGUUAUAAAUCAUCUUUAGCGAGUUUACCUAAAGUGGUUUUACAAAGGAUAUUUUCGUAUUUAGAUGUGAGGUCUAUACAAAAUUGUGCAAUCCUGUGCUCAACAUUCUACAAUUUAUCGAAAGAUAGUUCGUUAUAUAAAACAUUGAAUUUAAAUUAUGAGAUGUCUCCACAAGCUAUAGAAUAUUAUAUUUCAAAAGUUACAAACCCAGACACCAUAGAAAUAUUGUAUGAAAAUGACCAGAGCAAAGAUGCUGAUACUACAUGGUUUGAUACUUCCAUUGUCAAGGUAUUGAGGAAUUGUGGUGACAGUAUUGUAACUUUGAAAAUAGAAAAUUGCAAGAAUGAAGAAGUAUUACUGAACAUAGCAGAAUGUAUAAAUUUGGAAAAGAUAAUCCUUUACAAAUGUAAAAGUACUUUUAGCUCACUGUUGCCUCUAUAUACACUGAGGAGCAUACAUUUUGCUUCAUGUCAUUUUCCUGUAAAGAUUGUGAAAGAAGUAAUAAAAAAUAAUGUAGACUUAGUAUAUCUUCAUUUAUCAAAUAACGUGAACGUCAAUCCUAACGAGGUAUGUGAGAUGAUGUCAACGGAAAAUCUAGGUCUCAAAGAGAUCCAUUUGAGCGAGAGAAAGACGUUGAAGGCAAAGAGCCUGAGGACGCUAGCAAGACUGACUAAUUUAAGAAAACUCGAAUUGAUGUCCUCUGCCGGCUUUGAUUGCAAUCCUGAGGAUUCUUUGGAGCUGUUGGCAGCUGGUUGCACAUAUCUGGAAAAAUUAUGUAUCCACAAUUGGAAAGAAAUAAAUGAUUCAAACUUCAUACCUGCCAUACGGAUGUUCACUCAGUUGAAAACUUUAGAGUUAAGAGGUACUAGUAUAACUGUGAAGAGCUGCCGAGAAGCAGUCCUCAGUUUGCCAUUGUUAGAGACUUUGGAUGUGGUUAAAUGCCAAAGGAUAAAAAAAGCACAGCUACUACUACUUAGGAAAGACUUUAAUGAUUUAGAAAUACCGAUAGAAUAAGUUUUGUACCUAAAAAAUAAAAGUUUUAGUUUUUUA